GGACCGCUGAAUUUUGACGAGAGCUGACCGGAGACUCUGAGGAGCGAUCGGAGGAGGAGGAGGAGGAGGAAGGAGAUGGCGGAGUCCGUCGCCGUCGCCGCCGCGUGGAUCCUCGCGAUGUUCGCCGCGUUCACCCUCGCUCAUUGCGUCGAUGACAAGUGCGCCGCCUGCAAUGCCGUUGCGGGAGAGCUGGAGAUCGGUCUUUCCAAUGAAAAGCCGAGGAAUCAUUUGGAUAUGAGGCAUCGCUUGGAUUCUAAAGGUCAACGUGAAGGAAAGCUCAUCGAUUAUAGGGUGAGCGAGCUCAGAGUCGUCGAGCUUCUGGAUGGACUAUGUGAAAAGAUGCAAGAUUAUACUCUUGAGAAGAGGGAUUCUACCCAACUAGAAUGGGUGAAAGUAGACGAUUGGGAUCAAUUGACGACCGACAAACAGGAAGCUAGAGCACAUUCAAAAGCUAUAUCAACUUAUUGUGGAAGGUUACUUGAGGAUACAGAAGAUGAGUUGGCGAAACUUAUAAGACAAGGUUCUGUGAAAGCUGGAGGUGUAACCAAGGUUCUGUGUGAAGAUUUGAGCAAGCACUGCAGCCAGACAAGUGGAUUUCACGAUGAGGAUGGCCCUACUGAUGAUGCUAAGGAAGAACUCUGAUUCAACAUGACGAGAAAAAUCUCAUCUUUCAGAUCUAUGAGAACAGAUUCUGUACAACUGAACGACAUUUAGAAAGGAAAAUGGGAUUGUAACCAAAUGCGCAAGCUUCUCCCAAAGUGGGAUUGCGAAUUCUCUCUCCUUUGUAACACAAAUUUUGCUUUCAGUUUCUUGGAUUAUGUUCAACAGCUUUGUCUUUUCAACAUUACAUGCUGGACUAAUAAUUCCUGUGGCUUACCGAGAGACAUCAGUAUACUACUGAAGGAAACCCUCUCCGAGCUGCCCUCAUGAUCCACUGAGCCAUGUCACAGGCUUACUAGGCAAUGAAAUCAGAUGUUCACCACUUAAAUAUGUUUGAGAAAUGUAUCAAUCACCAACACUUGUUUAGUGGAUGAUUUACCAUCUUA